CCAUUUUCAGUGGUCGGUUCCACGCAACUUUACUAAAAAUAGAUCACAUUACUGUUUACACACUCGUCUAUAAAGAAGAUAAGAGGGAACCAUCUUCCGUCACAAGCUCGAUCCACAACGCUUUUUUCUUUUUCUUUUAUAUCCUUUUCUCAAAGAUCUUAUUUUCCUGAACAACAACUAUAUCAUCAAUGGAGGUUGAAUACCAAGAGGAGUUCAUAACAAAUUCAAGAGGUGUGCAGCAGUUUACAUGUAGAUGGCUUCCUGUUUCUUCUCCCAAAGCUCUUGUAUUUAUGUGCCAUGGUUAUGGCAUGGAAUGUAGCAUCUUCAUGAAAGGGGUUGGUACUAGGCUCGCGAGCAACGGGUACGCGGUCAUCGGAAUAGACCAUGAAGGGCAUGGGCGGUCCAUGGGUGAGCGUUGUUAUAUUGAGAAAUUUGACAACAUUGUGACCGAUUGCUCCAAUUUCUUCAAAUGCAUUUCUGGACAAGAAGAUUACAAAAACAAGAAGCGGUUUUUGUACGGUCAAUCCAUGGGUGGUGCGGUUGCCCUUCUUGUACACCGAAAGGACCCAACUUUUUGGCACGGGGCAAUUUUGGUCGCACCCAUGUGUAAGAUAAAUCUGAAAGUGAGGCCACACCCAAGGGUGUUACACACGAUAGAAAGGAUAGAAGAUCUUAUACCAAGAUGGAAGAUAUUGUUUGCGAAAGAUGUCAUUGAUUCUGGAUUUAAGGAUCCUUUGAAGAGAGAAGCGAUACAUGCAAACAAGUUGAUUUACCAAGGAAAACCAAAGCUUAAAACAUCUCUUGAAUUAAUUAGAACCAGCAUGGAUCUCGAAGACCACUUAAGCGAGGUGACAUUGCCAUUUCUCGUGCUACAUGGGGAUGCGGAUACAGUGACAGAUCCAAAGGUUAGCCAGGCUCUAUACGAACAAGCUAGUAGCAAAGACAAAACCAUCAAAAUAUACCCAGGAAUGUGGCAUGCAUUGACCACUGGUGAGCCAGAUGAAAACAUUGCAAUCGUAUUCGCUGACAUCAUAACAUGGCUCGAUACGCGAUAUGAUGACAAUCAUAUCAACGAAAAUCAAUUGGAUGACAACGUGGUUAUUACUGACGAUAUCAAGUUGGAAAAUCAUGCUUCGUCAUCUGUGCAUGAUGGAAAUCAGUGAAAGCAAAUCAAGGAGGAGUCUGAAUAAUGAAAGCUAUAUUUGCUAUCUUUAUAGCUCUUAGCUUAUAUUUGGAAUGCUAUCUUAUUUAAAUAAUGACUUAUUAGAAUAAUCUUCUUUCUUAUGUUAUGUUUGGGCAUGCCAUAACUAGCUUAUUUUCUGAGUUUGUUUAGAUUGUAAUGUUUGGACAACCAAAAAGUAAUAAGUUAGUUUUUUUAUAAAGUUA